CAAAACAAAAAGCAAAACAAAAAGCAAAAUAAAAAGCAAACCAAAAAGCAAAACAAAAAGCAAAACAAAAAGCAAAACAAAAAGCAAAGCAAAAAGCAAAACAAAAAACAAAGCAAAAACAAAGAAAAAGCAAAGCAAAAAACAAAACAACGAAGUGAAAGCAAAAAAUAA